AUGAACUUUAAUAAAACAGAUGAUACAGAUGAUACAGAUGAAGAAGUAUUCAGGAAAUAUUAUGAACCUCCUUAUUUAGAUGACUUUAAAGAUAUGAGAUCAUGCAGUCCGUUUCUUCUCUUUCGCGGAGAGGUCAGUAAAGCUUUGAAGAAGGGUGGAAGAGUAAAAAGACCAGUGGAAAUCUCUACAAUCGCGUCAAAAUUGUGGGCAACAAUGCAUAAUGAUGAAAAAGAUCAAUACCAUCAAUUAUCGGCCGCAUUAUCUCGUCAAUCUGCCAAUUGGUCUAACAGCUCUUCGACGCAAUACCUGCAAACAACAACUUCUAACGCUAACUUGCCUGGAUCCGAGUUAUCCCGUCAACUUGUCGGAGUGUCAAAUAUUUCUUCGAUGGAAUACACAAUUUCCAACAUUAACUUGCCUGGAUCCGAGUUAUCCAGUCAACUUGUCGAUGUGUCAAAUAUCUCUUCGGAGGAACACCAUAUUCCUAAUGCUAACUCUCCUGAAUCGGAAUAUUUUAUAUAUUCCAAAGAAAGAUAA